AUGGCCUCCGCCAACCCCUUCACGCGCCGCCUGCCGCCGCGCCCGGCGCCCGCCGGCGCGCCCGACACCCGCCAGCACGGCCGCGCCCUUCUGGACGGGGCUCCCUGGCCGGCCUCAACUCCGCCAUCAUCACUGAGAAGCCCAACAUCAAGUGGAACAACGUCGUCGGGCUUGAGAGCGCCAAGCAGGCGCUGUAGGAGGCCGUCAUGUUGCCCGUCAAGUUCCUCCAGUUCUUCACAGGGUUCUGGUAGUGACGAUGACGGUCGUCGAGAGGUUCGUGGACUGGACGGUGUCGUGGCUGCCGAUGUACAGAGAAGCGAAGCUGCUGCUCGUUCUCUACCUCUGUCACCCCAGCACACGGAGUGCGGGGAGUGGGGCACGUGUACGAUGGCUUCCUCCGUUCGCUGGUGGUGAGGCACAAGGACGACAUCGACCGGUCCUGUUGGAGCUAAGGGCCAGAGCGAGGGACGUGACUAAGUCGCAACUCAAGGCGGCGGCUGCCGUCAGUCAGGUGUGGCUCUUCGAGGCUAUCCAAUGUGUUUCGUCGCAGCUGCAGGCCGCGAGAACUGGCCAGGCAGGCGCCUCA